AUGAGUCCGUCUCCAAGCACUUCGAAUGGCCCUUUUACCGUGACUUCUCAAUGUUCUCUCAAGUUCGACAACAACUUUUUGUCCAAAGCUUUGGAUGAGAGAGAUGAUGACAACCGUCGAUCGCCGUUGUUUGCCAGCUAUUCCGGCCGCAAUUUGUUCAGUGUUUGCAAGAGGCGAGUGCAAGUGCUCGACACUUUCGCCGGGGAAACUCAGUAAGUUCCAUUUUGUGUUCUUGUAAACAUAAUGUAUAUAAUAAAUUGUGUUUUUGAUAGAAAUCAAACUGUAAUGUUUGACGUCGAAAGGCGUGAUUGUCGCAUGUUCGGUUCAAAGUCCGCCGAACGGAGAAAACAAGGUUAGAGCGGUCGAUUAAUAGUUGCGCAAGGCCUUCUCUCCUACUUUUUUUUGCUCGCGUAGAUGUAACAAUCGGGUCAAACAACAAAGCUCAAGUGCAACAGCGUUUCACAAAUGUUGUCCGAAAAUGCUUAAGAAUUGAUCCUAUUGGUCUGUCGGGAAAAUAGUGAGCACAAUACGCCGAUCAUGUCGCUGAAGUGAAAAGCAAUUCGAUUUCGUUACAACACAAUUCAUUUUCUCGGCGGUGAUGCGAUUUUGGAUGCGACAUAGUGCUCAUUAUUUUCCCGACAGACUGAUAGUGCGAUUGCAAAGUUUUGCAGUAAUUUCUGCAACAUGCACUGCAAAAAAGAUUCUUACGAGCGUCCCAAGUACAACCCUCAGAUUAGCCAUAAAUUUUGCGUAUCAUUUUGUCGGGAAAAUAAUGUGGAUUUUCCGCAGCAAGACGAAUCGGCUCAUCGCACAAAACUUCGGCUGCUAACGGUCGCAAAGCGAUGAUGGGCGAUUUGAAAGCGCUACAAAUCCACAGUAUUUUUCCGACAGUCUCAUAGAUGGCUAUGCUCAUCAUGUGCGCAAAAUUUAAAGAAAAUCUGAACUUCAAAUCUUCCUUUUCUUAAACUUGUUAGAAAUCGACUGUAACCAUGAUUACUAAAAUUAUAUCCUUGCAGAACACUGAACCUAUGUUUUAUGCCUGUGAAAUACGACAAAACCUUCUACGACAUUGACACGAUCAAAAUCGAGGCUCUUUACGAAACGUCGGAACACAAUGGAAUCAUUGCUCUGCAGUAAGUUGAAAAGACCGUUGUCAACGAAAAUCUUCUUCGAUUUGAGAAGAAGCCGGGGAAAAUUUUGGGCAAUGUCAUGAGAGCCGCGACAAAUGUCCAUGCACUUUGUAUAAUAAAAAUAAAAAAAAAAUAAUGGUCCCGCUUUCAGGCUCAACAAAAUGUUUGGCGGGACCACAGCGGUCUUGGCCAAGGUCUCAAUCAGCUACAUCGACUCUAAAGUCACCAUAGAAGAGAAGCUCGGCUUCUGGGAUGACUUUUACGUUUUCACCAUACAACAUCUCGCCGAUGAGCUUCUAUUAGUUGUCGCGCAUGCCAGUUCGGUCUGUCAUAAAGCCAUCUUGUACAAGGAUGGGGAAAUUUUCGAAAAUCGGACGAGCUAUUCGAUGGAUCCUCAUCACAAAGAGCCUCGUGCGGAUUCGCGGAUAAUCACGAUCCUGGCGGAGACAGCGGGCUUCGCCAACGGCCGACUGACAUUCCUGGCCUACCAUGCCGACAAUAAUGCCAAUGUUUAUGAGAUAAAGUUGUGUGAGGAUCGGUUCCCAAUGUAUUUCAUGGGAACAAUGGCUGAUGCUGAUGUGAGUUGGUGCUUUUUAAAAAUGGCUUUAUCAGUCGGUCUGGAAAAUAACGUGGAUUCGUCGCGCCUUGAAAUCAAACAUCAACGCUUUGCGACGUCUAGCCGCGGCUGGAAAUUUGGUCCGUAAUUGUGACGAGGCGAGACAUUUUUCUGCGAUAAAUCCACAUUAUUUUCCCGACAGACUGACAGCACCGCAAAUUCUUGCCAAUAAUCAAGGCAAACUGAUACGUCGAGCUUCAUUGCUAGCUUUGCAAUAGCCAGCCUUUACCACUGAUUCUUUUUCACUCAAUCCUUUUGCAGAUGCAAUCGCUUGGAAAGUACAAAAACGGCUUGAUCAUUCGGACCGGCUACGAUGGGAAGUCGGUUCAGGCCAUCUCCUUCCUCGAUCUCUCAAGCCUGCAAUUCCACAACCUGGGCCUGUUCUUCAACAGCUCAACGCAUUUCGCCUUCAACGGCGACACACUGCUCUCGGUGGAUUCGAAGGCGAACACGAUUACUCGACAUCGUUUUGACACGAUGGAGAGCCUGGAAACGAUGGCGUUUUCUGUCUACAAAAAUGAGGUCUAUAGCGGCGCUGGAGGGAGUGACGAUAGUGAGAGGAAUGGUCUUCAAUUAGUGAUGCCUGCUUCGUUGAGAGAUUACAUUGUCCCGUGA